CUUUCUGAUUACAAAGCGCUUAGUUUAUGACUAACGAAACAUGGUCUCGGUUAGUAUGAUAAGUGCUAAACUAUCAGACCUACAUGACAACAUUGCGAAAUUGUCUCAUGAAUUGGACCUUAAACGUAAGGAAAAGGAGUCUCAAAGAAGUUUUGUUAAAAAGCUUGACUCAGAAAUCAAAGAUAAACAUAGGUUUCUAGAUAGUUUAGAACAAAAGCGUGAACAGCAUGAAAAAACUAUCAGAGUUAAUACUGAGCGCCUAUGUGAGCUCCAAAAAUCAGCUGCUGAGUGUCAGAAAGCACAUGAAUCUCUAGAAAAACGACUAGAAAGUCAAGAACAAUCAAUUCGUUCUCUAGAAGACGAAGUUGAUGAAGCACAAAGUCUUGCGAAGUCCUCAGCUCAAGUUUACGAUGAGGUUUUUAUAGUCAGUUAUUUUGAAUUCUUCAGACUCUUAAGUUACUACAAGAAAAGUUGGAGAUUUUGGAAAAAUAUGAUCGGAAAGAAGAAUCUCUUGCCAAGUAUUAUAUUUGAACAUUUUAAUUAGCCUUUAGGACUAUCAAAGAGUUGAGAGAUGAAGCUAAUUUGCAUGGGAACAGACUACGUCGCAUUGAGACACAAGGAAACGAGGUUCGCUUUACUUGGUUGUUUUUGUUAUUUGUAGAGAUCCUCGCCUUAAUAGUUCUCAGAUGUGGUACACAUAUGCUUGCAAAUAUGACUGCUCGCCCUCCACAACAUAUAAUCUAUCUUGGAAGUAGUGGGACUAGAUUGGGGGUGCUUCAGCUUAAAGUAUGAUAAUGAAGUCUUAUGGUGUUAGGAUUUUCUGAAGUUUUGUUAGUGAUAAUUUGGGGGCGUAUGGGGUAUAGACAAUUGAGAACGCGUUCACUGGAUCCAUAAUGAAGUGGGACUUAUUUAUAUAUAGAAAUGACAAGUUAUUGUUCAUUUAUUUGUAGAUUAAGGAACGAACUUCAACCGAUUGAAAUGCAUCUUUGAUCUAUCAAAUGCCUCAUAUAAGUGCUGAUAGGUCUGCACGCAGUAGAUAAGUAACCCUUAACUCAUAGCCCUAAUAAACGUUCUGCACACUACAGCAUAGUAGUAUUACUAUCUCAGAUUUAUGUUAUACUCAAAACUGGAGUAGUAGUUCCUGUAGAGUCAAGUGAAUUAUCUUAUCUGUCUUGUAAUGAAUCGCUCAAUUUGGCUUGAUUAGAUCCUCUGGUUUGUAAUGAAUUCAGCCAAAAAGCUUUGAAUCGUUUUAAACGGUCCGAGUAUUCACGUUAAAUCCCUUCUUAGUAUUUUCGUUUAGGCCUUAAUUGAUUAAAUAUUAAGUGACCUACAAAUUAAUACCCUCCAAUCGCUUAUAGCAUUUUGUCGCCUUCAAAUGCCUUAGUACGACCGAGGGUGGAAAGAGUCAGCUCUCCUUCCUGAAAUACUUCCAAACGACCACGCGUAAACAAUCACUGACAGGGAAGUCCUACUCACUGCCUUCUCGCGGAGGGCGUGUUCUUUACGAAAUUCAGAGGACAGAAAGCGAAUGUCCGGCGCUUUAACCGGGUUGGUGGAUAUGGAGAAUCUACUUAGGGAAGUUAGGAAACCCUGAUCCCAAAUUAUUGGUUCACAUGAGCUGCAAGAUCCUGAAAGAACAAAUGGCGUAUGAACCAAUUGUUGGUCACCGGCCAAUAUGGGACUGCAUCUUCUGACGUUGCUCGACUGUCUUGUGGAUUAGACCUUCAGGUCAAAGGCUCCGGGUGUGGCUCUAAGAAAACCACCUGCUUCGGUUUGGGCACCCGGGCAGUAUCCCAGCCCUCACACAAAUCGAGUAACGAACUCUGGCGCAUAUCUAUUUGGUGCCUCUUUGUACCGAUAUUUGUAUUCAAAUAAUCAAGUAGUAUUUUAUCUCGUUUACUUUGCGUUUAUACCAUAUAUGUAAGCUAUUUAUUGCACGAAAAACUUCAUAUGACUAGCUUUAUUGUCUUUGAUUUCUAAUUGUUUGGGGUCCUAAUUCGAUAUGGUCUUGUGAAUAACCAUCGCUCGGCCACAUAUCAUUACUUUCAUCUAUCGGCCAGCAUUUUAUCCAUUCAUUUUGACAAUCGAAAAUUUCGUCUAGUCAAACCAUAAAAGCAUCCUCUAUAAAAAGAAUAUAAACCUGUUUGUUAUGCUGAUUACAGUACUCUCACUAUUCAAGGUUCUGCACUUUACCACAUUUUCCACUAAAUAGCUAUAUUUUUUGGCUAUACUCGACGAAGUCAGCGUCUCAUCCAACUUCUCUCUAACUUUUUUAUUAGUUUUAUGAGUCCAGGUCCUGUAUGAUUUUAUUUGAAAAUUUAUUUCUUUGCAGGCAAAUAAACGCAUAGAAAUACUGGAGGAAAAAAUCAGGGAACUGACAGAACAAAUUAAUUCUGCUACUCAACGAGCUGUUCGUGCAGAAGAAGAAUCUGAAAAUCUAGCCGGUGAAUUAACAAUUCUAGAAGACGAAGCAAAUGAAUGGAAUGAGAAAUCAAUUAAUGUUCAAGAACAAAUUAAUAUGGUUCGAACCACUAUCAGUGAAGCUUAAUUACUGUCUACUACUACAACUACAACUACAACUAUUGGGUAUAACUCUCCCACCCUUUACAACAUCGUUUCGUUCCUAUGCGCUGUUGUUAGGACAUUUUAAUUGAUUUUUUUUGGAGUUAAUUUAGUGUUUUUUUCUUUUUGGAUUUCGCUACUGAUUUUUUUCUUAUUUUUCUUUUUUCUUGUUCGCGCAAAAUUUUAUGUUGUAUUUUUCUUUCUGUCUUCAUUGAAUACUUAAUACUACUAUUAUUAUUACUAUUAUUAGAAAUGUAAUUCGGUGCAUUCAGAAUGGUGUAUACAUAUUCACAUUCCUUGAAUUAUAAGUGACUCAAUUAAUUUUGUUUAAAGCACUAUUAGUAUUGAUUUCAAUAUACACAAAGAUAUACACAUUCUUGUUCUUCUUUUGUUCCGCAAAAAAGGUGCUUUUUAAUUUUGUUGUUGUUGUUGUUUGUUUGUUUGUUUCUUGUUCUUGAAAGAUUGUUUUCAUUGUCACUUUGUUUGUUUUCACAACAUUUUAGGCCUUUGUUCAAGUAAUAAGUAAUAAAUCUAUUUAAACAAUAUUGAUAACAAUAUAAAAAGAAGCUUAUAUUG